AUGAGGCAUAUCAUUGUUGUCUUCGGUCCAAGUGGCUGUGGUAAGUCCACAGUCGGCAAGUUUCUCCAGGAGAAGCGGGGAUUUGAGCACGUCGAAGGUGACCAGUAUCAACCCAAAGAGAAUAUAGAGAAAAUGAAGUCCGGAUCUCCACUAAACGGUCUCGAUUACGCGGCGUGGCUCGGAAAGCUUUCACACGCAGCAAUCGACAUGUCUACCAAACACGAAUUGGUUGUGGUGUCCUGUUCUGCAUUGAAGCGCACGCACCGGAAUUUCUUUCGGUCCGCCGUCAUCGACUAUAACAAAGCAAACGAGAAGUCAUGGUCGAAAUCCAAGAUCAGCCUCCACUUCCUCUUCCUGCAAAUAAGCGAGAAGAAAGCCGAGACGCUGGUCAAAGAAAGACGGUUGAAUGAUGGUGAUUAUUUGCCAAAGUGUUUGGUGCGCAACCAGUUCGAGAUCCUGGAGGUUCCGCGUGGUGGAGAUAGAGGCGAACUCAGCAUUGAUUGUACGAUCAUCGAUGCUGGAAAGGGGGCCGAGUGGAUGUUGAAGGGUGUUGAAGAUAUUCUGGAGGCUUUCAUCAGCUGA